AUGCCGGAUUAUGCAAAAAAGCUAAGAAUGGCGGUUAAGACCAUGCGAGAUCAAGUAACUAAGUCGAAAGCAUUGGAUGAUAUAACUAAUGCGAUUGUUGGAAGUACUGAAACUGGAAAAGUAAAAGAGGCAGUAAUUACGAUGAUGAUGAUGAGACUUCUUCAUUUGGUAUUGUACAAAUAUUUGUAA